GGUUAUCCUUUUCUGCUAAAGCAGCUGUUAAGGGGAGGAAGAUGGUGUCGCUGAAGCUCCAGAAACGCCUCGCCGCGAGCGUCCUCAAGUGUGGGAGAGGAAAGGUUUGGCUCGAUCCAAAUGAAGUCAACGAAAUCUCCAUGGCUAACUCUCGCCAGAACAUCAGGAAGCUGGUUAAGGAUGGAUUUAUCAUCAGGAAGCCAACCAAGAUUCAUUCCCGAGCUCGUGCACGUCGUAUGAAGGAGGCAAAGAGGAAGGGACGCCACUCUGGAUAUGGUAAGCGUAAGGGUACAAGGGAGGCAAGGCUGCCAACAAAGGUCUUGUGGAUGAGAAGGAUGCGUGUUCUUAGGCGCUUACUACGCAAAUACAGAGAAUCAAAGAAGAUUGACAAGCACAUGUACCAUGACAUGUACAUGAAGGUGAAGGGUAAUGUGUUUAAGAACAAGAGAGUUCUAAUGGAGAGCAUUCACAAGUCUAAGGCUGAGAAGGCAAGAGAGAAAACAUUGUCUGACCAAUUUGAAGCUAAGAGGGCAAAGAACAAGGCCAGCAGGGAAAGAAAGAAUG